AUGACACCUGUCACUUCUUCUCCCUCUUCACGUCUUCAUCAUCCUCUCGCGAGCGAGCAGCCAAAAGAAGAAAAGGUUUUGUCGUUGCAUCGAGAAGAAGAAGAAGAAGAAGAGAAAGAAGAAGAGAAAGAGUCUGCAGGUGAGGACGAUGAUGGUAUCGAUUACGAUCGAGAAAAUAUAUUAUGUUCUUCACCGCGAACGCGCGCUUUAGACCAUUUCAGAGACGACCGGCUCUUACAGUCCGCGAGAUUGCUCCGGAAAAUAUGCGACAGUUUAGUGUCAUCAUCAGAGGAAGAAGAAGACAAAGAAGAGUUAAAAGAUACAAAAGAGAAAGAGAAAGACAAGUUGGUCAAAUACGUUCUGGAAAAAGCGAAACAGUCGGAGUCGUUCAUCGAGAUGUUGAGAGAAGACGCGGAGAAAGAUUCGUCCUGGGAAACGCAGAAAUCUUUCUCUUUUGGCGGGAGAGACCAGACGAAAAUUUAUUACAAGACGACGGAAAACGAUACGAAAUUGAUUUUACGAGUAGACCAGGCGAUUAAAAGAGAGAUGUUAGUGCCAGUGUUAGCGACGUUGAAUGAAAGUCAGCUGUACGCGUCGUGGUUACCUUCGUGGACGAUGCCGAAAUUGAAAUUUUCGCGAACCGAAAAGCUCGACCAACGCGGCCGAUGUUCGCAGCUUUUACUCGUUACGGUGGAGUGUCCGUGGCCGUUUUCAACCAGAGAGGUUGUUUUGGACGCGCUGGCUUUUGAUGAUAUCGACGAAAGUGGCGUGGUGGCGGUAUUGUUGAACAGUUGCGAUUGCGAGGACGACGAGAGAGUCCCGGCGAUUGACCAUAAGUUUGGCCAGUGCACGCGAGUGGACUUUCACGGAGGAUUUUUGUUUCGAGCGAUUCCGAGCGAAGGCGAGGCGUGGAAGAAAGCGAGGGAAAAGCACGAAGACGAGAUGAUUGUGUCGUUUAUAUUUAAUAUCGACCCGAAGAUUUCGUACGUUCCGGUUUCAAUCAUACAGUUUAUAACGAGGACGGUGAUUGGGACGUUGUGGGGGAUGUUUAUGAAAAUCGCGAGUAAAGUGAAAAACGGAGAGAUGAAAGAACACGCCGAGGCGAUACAAUCGAAAAGACUCGUUUUGUACGAUUGGGUCGACGAACGAGUAAAAAGCAUGUUCGCGCGAAUCUUUUGA